CACAACCCUUGAGAGAGUCAACAACAAUCAGAUCAAACACCAGCAAACCAAAACAAAUGGUUGGCGUUUUCAGGCGCUCACUCUCUUUCCCAAACAAAACCCCGAACCGUCCAUCCAAACCACCAAUCUCUCACCACAUCAGAUCCAUCUCCCUUCCAUGCAGAUCACACCCCUUGAUUUCCCAACUCAAAGAUGAAAUCACUGAGCUCAAAACAUGGUCAUGCAGGCCUGAUAACCGAACCUCUGCUUGGCUUUGUGAUGGCUUGAGCCGGCUAAAGGACGUUCAUGAUGCUCUGCAUGAUAUUCUCCAGCUCCCACAGACUCAUGAAUUGUUAAGCCAAAAGCGUGAAUGGGUUGAGAAGCUUCUCGAAGAUUUCCUACUGUUUGUUGAUGUUUAUGGGAUCUUCCAAACUUCAUCUCUUGCACUUAAAGAAGAACAACUCGCAGCGCGGGUGGCUCUAAGGAGGAAAGACGACUCGAAGAUUGCUAUGUAUCUAAAAGGUCGUAAGAAGAUGGCUAAAGAGAUAGCUAAACUCGUAUCCUCAAUCCGCUGCGUUGGGCGAUACUCAUUUCCUGUAUCAGCUUUCGUGUCUAUUGCAGAUACUGAGCUGGCUGGUGUUAUCAGCGAUGUUAUCGAAGUGACCGUUUCAGUUUCACUGGCUCUUUUCAAUGGGAUUUCAAUCUCAUUUAUUUCAAGAAAACCCUCUUGGAUUGGGUUGAAGUUGUCAAAGAAAGCCAAGAAGGUUAAGAUUGAAGAAAGCAUUAAAGAAUUCCAACAAAUCGGUGAAGCCAACAUGGUGGGUUUGAGAAAGAAGGGAGAUGAGGAAGUGAGGAUGGUUUUGAAGGGAAUGCAAGACUUGGAAAGGUGCAUUGCUGAUGUCGAAAGCAGCAGUGAAAAAGCUUUUAGGAGUUUAAUUAACACCAGGGUCUCACUGCUCAAUACUCUCACCAAGUAGGAAGGGAAAAAGUUGUUGACAUUCGUUUUCUCACAGACAACAUAGAGAUCAUGUAAUUUACCUUUUGGUUUUGUAAACUUUUUUCUUCUGUUUUUCAUCCAUUAAAAAGAAAUGAAACUUGUGAAAAAUUUAGUGCCCAGAAGUGCAUGCACAGUCCUUCAUUUUCUGUAAAUUUUGUCUUCAAAACAGUUGUAUGUU